UCAUCAUUACGCGCCAUGUACUUCCGCCCAGCCAUCUGUGCCUACGACAUUUUAUCGCGCUACAUUGACAGCUCUCUCCCUGUUACUCCCUGGAUGAAGAUGGCUUCGUCUGUUUGGAAAGGUCUUGUCGGAAUCGGACUUUUCGCUUUAGCGCAUGCAGCUUUCUCGGCGGCUCAGCAUCGAUCUUACAUGCGACUGACGGAGAAGGAGAAUGAAACUCUCCCUGGUGACAUAGUUCUUCAAACGUUGCUGGCCUUCGUAGUGACCUGUUAUGGCAUUGUGCACAUUGCUGGGGAGUUUAAAGACAUGGACGCCACAUCGGAGCUCAAGAACAAGACAUUCGACACGUUGCGGAACCAUCCCUCCUUCUAUCUCUUCAACCAUCGUGGCAGAGUGCUCUUCCGCUCCCCGGAGCAGAACGCCUCGCUUCCCAGCCAGCAGGCCCUGCCCUCCAACCCCCUGCGGCUUCGGAAGCUGGAGCCAUCACACCACUGAGCCUCUGGGUGUUCUCCUGGCCAUGUGAAAAUGGAAACUGCUCAUGGACGUGAAGGGGGGGGGGGAGGGAAUGAAACGUAAGAAAAAGAGAAACAUCUCGAUACAUGUGCUGUGCCGAUUUUACAUCCCAGUCCGACAAGCGGUUAAAAUGUUGUAUUGGACGGUGCCAGCUGCCCUCCUAUAGGGGUGUCGUGCUUGUAAAUAAAGGUCUGGUGGCUUAAGGUUGUAAAAAGACCUCAAUCCCUUCCUUCCUUCCCAGCUGUAAAGUGAAUGGGUUAUUCGGGAUAUGACAUGAAUCCCUUUAUUAUUCCCACCAACCGAUAACACUGCCUUCUCAAUAUGUCGUUUCCAAAGCUUCAGCUUUGAAAUGUUUUAUCUGUGCAACUGUGUUUCUUUUUUUUUCUCCCCCCACACUCGGCAGAACAAAUGCAGUGUGAAGUUUCUGGAUGGAAACUGUAAACCCGAUUGUUUUUCCACAGAUGGUAUUUAAUUGUUAAUCUUCUGGGUUUUAGAAUGCAGAAGUUAGUCUUAUGAUGUAAAACUGUUAUUGGAAAUCCUUAACGAAAGUAGGCAAGUAAGGCAAUUGUAAUUAGAUUGCAGCAAUGUGUUUUUUUUCUCAUUUCAGUUGUAAAAAGUAAGAAAAACAGUGUGUUGGGGAUACGUUUUUUCAUUUUAUGUAAAUAUGCAUAAUUUUUAAAUAAAGUAGUCGGUUUUCAUUUUUUAUUGACUCAAAACUAAAGGAAUGUUACCUAACCCAGCUUUUAUUCAUGACUUCCAAUCAUUAUACUUGUGGUCAACCAUAUUCUCAGCAGAACCAUUGAAACUUCAGAUUCAUCUGAGCCUGCUAUACAUUUUUAAUAAACAAAUAAAGUCAAUAUGUGAAA